AUGAACGCGCAGCGCCGUCAGCCGUCCGAUGAUACAAACGGCAAACGUAGCAACCUGACACGGCCCGAUUUCCGGAUCCGGAAACGUCAGAGGCAACGGAUCCGCUACAGAAUCUACGUCGUGCAGCAGGUGAGCAGAAGUCGUGUUGGAAUUCCUCAGCUGGACACUUGCGCAAAUAGGAAAGCGGUCCGAAGUUUCUUCCACUUAAGGUCAAACGGGGGACGGGCAGGCGGGCGAGGACGACCGCGCUUCAAAUGUGAAAUCGUCCAAAAUGGAGGCCGAAAGAGCUGUCAUGCAGUCCCGCAGGAAAACCGUCAAGUGCAAAAUGGCGUUAAGUUAACAGUCGGUAGUGUCGCUAGUGUCUGCCGUGCGGCGGUCGAGCCUGCAAAAUGUCUCGCUGAUGGGAAAUAUGCGAUUUCUUCUGCGUUUCAACGGGGGGGCGCGACCUUCGACCGAGGAAAAAGCGCCGAACGUCGGCGUACGGGAAGCUCUCCGAGACCGAAGACCGGAGCCGCCUCGUCCUCCGCGACGUCGACCUGCUGCGCCGUGGACGACCGCAAUACCUACGCCCGCCGACGGUCCCCUUCGGCUUCGCUCGCCUCGCUCACCUUUGACCUUCGCACAGCCGCGCGUCGAGCCGACGUCUGUCGUCAUCUCCGCCUUUCGUCGCGCUCUCCGCGCUCGCUGCUUCCUGUUCAGAGACACCGAACGCGAGUGGCUCUGUCCGGCAUGAAGGCUGUGCGCCCCCCAGUGGCCAUCGCUCGCUACAGAACGAUCGAGCACGGACGAGACCGAGGGAAUGAGCCCGACCCGCAGAGUCGGAGGUUGUCCUUUUUUUGUGGCGGCGCCGAACCAGACUUUGAUGGAAGAACACAGGACCGAUUCGAUGACCGCUGCGUAGAACUGCCUCAGCAGCUCCGGUGGCAGGCCGUGCUUUCUCACAAGUAGUACAGCAGAGGAAGUACAUCCUCCGCUGGGCCUUUUUGAGGACGGAGUUGAUGUCGAUCGGCCACUUCAGGUCCCGGGAGACCGUAAUUCCCGGGAACUGGAAGGUCUCGACGGUUGACACGAGGGGGCCGGACGGCGUGAGGGGCGGCUGUGGCGAAGGACGCCUCCUGAAGUCCACGAUCAUCUCUACGGUUUUGAGCGCGUUUACCUCCAGGUGGUCAGCCGCGCCGCAGCUAGCGCCGGCCGCUCCGCUUCCUGUCGAUACGCAGACUCGUCGCCGUCUUCGAUGAGGCCGAUGUCGGCGGUGUCGUCUGCAAACAUCCGGCGUUCGACAGCCGGGCGCGUUGAGGUGCAGUCGUUCGUGUAAAGAGCAGCGGAGAGAGGACGCGUCCUCGGGGCGCCCCGGUGCUGGAUGAGGUGGUGACCCCCGGUGACCCCCGGCCUCACCUGCUGCGUCCCGCCCGUCGGGAAGCCGUAAAUCCGCCGGCAGACGGCUGGAGAAGCUCGGAGGAAAGGAGUUCGGGGAUGAUGGUGUCGAACGCUGAGCUGAAGUCCACGAACAGGAUCCUCGCGAAGGUCCCCGCGGCGUCCGGGAUGAAUUGCAGUCAUUAUCGCACUACUGGCACUUCACGUUCUCGAAGACUCUGGACCAUUUGCUCAAUUGUCAGUGUGCCAGAUGAUUGCUCUAUUAGUCAUCAACUAACAUCCGAGCGCUCGAGGACUCUGCAACUGUCAUUGUGUCAGCAUGACCGCGCGACCGCUAAGCUUUCAUUGCUCAGUGACGCUCCGUAGUGCGCUUUUAUGUCUUCAAGUAUUUGUUGUCCAAAUGCGGCUGUCUCUUGUACUCGAGCGGCUCCGAGUGCCGGAGACAAAUUCCUUGUGGGUUUUUGACAUACUUGGCAAAAUAAAGAUGAUUCUCUCGCUAGAUAGAGAAUGUAUUCAACAUAGAACUGAGGAAGCAGAGAAUAAAUAUAAGGAUAUGUACAAAUAGCACAAUUGUAGAAAAACAUUGGAAUAUUAAAAGCAUAGAAACUUGAUGAAUUCAUGUGAUUAGAGAUAGAGACAUUUUAGUGAUCAUGAUGCGGAUAUAAAUACAUUUAAAAAAAAAAAAAGGAAGAGGUGGUAAAACCGUUCAAGAACCCUUUCCAAGCACUGGACCAACUUUAGCGAAAACAUCCCUGGGGAUGCGCCGACCUCAACCGACACUAGUCGCUGAAAAAGACAUUAUUGACGUUGUCAACAAAUGCCAAAUGAAAAGCUCAUAAAGGUGCUAGCGCUAAACCAGUAGCACGCAUCUGCGACCUGUCAUCCCACAUGUCCUCGUAAAAUGAAAACAGCCAAAAUCAUACCAGCGUUCCAAAACUGGCAAUAAACACAAUCGAUUUCUCCGCGCCAACAAUUGCGGAAAAUGUUUUCAUCACGGAUUAUGUAAAUAAACACACGUUACGCAUCGAUUGCAAACGGCGUACAGCCCUAGCAGAACUCAAAAGAACUUUCGGAUCAGUAAAUCGCACGAGUUCGGCGGCGUGUGAAAGUGCGCGGCGGCCCAAACGAAAAUAGGACAUCCUCUUCACAAUGUGCACGAAUCAUUUGCACCUUCACCAUCGUCUCUAUUGAUCAAAUAGAUUGUUUACUGAAUUUCCAUCGAGAGCUAUCGUUCUCCUAGGUACAUGAGGAAUAAUGCACAUCAGCACGUCAAAGUGUCUCUGCGGCCUGUGACCUCAUUUGUACUUCAUUCGAGCUUUUCUGCUUUUGGUUGUUUGUUCUCCAUUUCGUCUCGU